CAUUCACAAUUUAGAGGUCGCGACCUUCUUGAAAAUUUGAAUUUAGCAUCUCUAAAGAAAGAGAAUAUUGAUGACAAAAAUAUUCAAAAACAAUUUUCGUCAAUAAGUUAAGCUAUGUUUUGUUUAAUUGUUUGCCGUUCUGAGAUGUAAUUUAUUUGGAUUUGGUUAAAAUUUUAUAAUUUUUCGGUGAAAUGUUGAUUGAACGGGUCACCGUUGCAACUGUGCGAUGACCCAUGCGUCUCUCAGAAAGGUGUAAUUAGUAAGACGAUAUUUGAGUAAAACGCAUCGGAAGACUUCUCUAGCGAACCUUGACGACUGCUGACUUGCCAUAGAAAAUAAUCCCGUGGUCAAUUCCCAAUGAAAUGUCUAAUUUACAGAAACAGGUCGACUGAAGUCCACGCUUGGUCAAACCACGAUUAAUAAAUGCCCGGGGUAUGCCCGCGCUGCCUUCGCGAGGUUUACUUCGCUGAAGAAAAAUUGGCCCUCGGAAAAGUUUGGCACAUAUUCUGCUUCUCGUGUCGUAAUUGUCGCAAAUUGUUGGACAGUUGCACAGUGGCAACGCACGGUGGAGAAUUAUUCUGUAGGAAUUGUUGCACUCGACUCUUUACCCCAUCCGUUCAACCCCCGUCACCACCUCCGACGUCGGAUCUGACAGUGGAGCAUCGAAAUCCUCCGUUUCCUUCAUCUCGUGUACCGGUCUCUGCCUGUGAUUCUUUUUCUGAUUGCUGCUGCUGCUGUUGCUGUCCUGAAGAUUGCUCCGUCGCAGAGGUUCCAUCGAAUCUGAGAGAAUAUAAUCGCCUGGAUAAACAACGUCUCCGAGGCGGGGGGGGCGAGGAAAUAGAUGAACCAGAGGAUUUCAGACUAGUCGAAGAAACUCGUCGUUGUUCAGAAGGCGAUUGUUCAAAUCUUGGGAUCGUCUCAUCGAUCACCACGUUGUGCAACGCGCCAUCCAGUCCAACCGCUGUUACGACUUGGUACAAUAGGCAACAUUCUGCAUCUCAGAGUACUUUCGGUGGACAGAAUUGCGUGAAACGACACUCGGUACGAUCAUCUGGUACUCCGAUUCCUUGCACCCCGGCCGCAAAUUUUCGCAGCAACAACAGCGACUGCUUGAACAGCAAUAGCAAUUGCGUUGACGGAGGAAAAAAGUUGCCCGGUGUCAGGAGACCCGGAAGUCCUUACCGACCUCGCAUUCAACAAAAUCAACAACAACAUUUGCUACAGCAGCAGCAGUCGCAGUCACAGUCGCAACAGCAAGUAGAGCUGCCAUUGCAGUCGCGUGAACAAGAGCAGGUUCAAAAACAAGAACAGCAUCUGACCCAGCAGAAGGACCAGGAACUGCACCACCAAAAUCAACGGGAAUCGCAGCAGCAGUUGAAGGACAUCCCUUGCAAUCGAAAGAGUCGAAACAAUCGCCGUCAUUCGCCGCUGAGAUAUUCAGCAAGCGACGUACCGGAGGAAGCUGAUUCUCCGACGUCCGAAUCAACCACCUGCCGGAUGAAGAUGCCAAAUGACAACAACGGCAAUUGCAAUCACAGCAACGUAUCGCCCAGCAGCACUCCGUUAAACUCACAAUCAGCCGGAAACAAUCCAAACAAUUAUACCAGCAGCAAUGGAACUCCCUACGAAACAUGCUACGAAAUGGACGAUGUUAACGUCCCAUCGGGAUACACUCCCGGGGCUGGCAACGCGUCCAACUACAAGAACAACUGUUCGCAAGGAUUGUUAGAAGACGGAGAGCAACGUUCCUCUAAUUUCGACGACGAAGAAGACCAAUCGCGAUUACGCGGUGGCUGCGGAGGAUGCGGUAGCCGGAGCGGAGGAUGCGGUACAUGCGGAGGGUGCGGACCACCAAUCGGUCCGUGUCCGCCGCGCAACGAUUGUCGCGAGCCAUCAACAUCGUGCGGGGCGCCUAGCUGCGAUCCACCUUGCGGAACUCGCCCCGGAUGCUGUGCCCCGGCCGGAUGUCGUCCGAUUUGCAGAAAACCUGCUCGAUCGUGUUGUCCGCCUUGUACGUCCGAACCGCAAGGUUGCGGUGGCGGCGGAUGUUGCGGGGGUGGUUGUCGCGGUGGAUGCGGAAAACCGGGUCGACUUUGUAUGCCCUUGAGACCGUGCAGCGCUCCGCCCUGCCAACCUCAGGUUUGCAGACCCCGAGGGUCUCCUUGUAUGCCACCGCGGGGUUGUGCGCCAACACCGCCUUGCUGCAAACCUCCCGGUGUCACGUUUCGCCCUAGUUGUGGUACCGGCGGAGGUGGACCCUGCUGCCGGUCGAAGAGCCCCCAAAGAGGAUGCUGCGGUUCGUCCCAGCAAGAUGACAUCGGGUGCGGAUACUGCGGAUCCUGCAAAUUACCUCCUGGCUGCGAGUGUCUCGGGGGUGGACUUGACUGUCAACGGUGCGGGCGCAAGGUGUACCAGGCCGAAAUGCAGAUCGCCUCCGGAGUUCCCUAUCACAACAUUUGCUUCAGUUGUUUCUGCUGUCGAAAGCCACUGGAGCCGCUGACUUAUCAAGAAAAUUGCGGCGAGAUUUAUUGCAAGCAUUGCUACGUUCGAAAUUUCGGACCACAAGGUUACGGAUACGGUGCAGGCGCCGGAGUUCUACAGACUCCGAUGUAGAAAAACCUAUCCGACUUUAUACUUCGAAGAUCGACUUCCAAUAGAUCGAAUUGGAUCUAUAUCGGAUCAAUAUUAUAACAACCAAAUUCAUUGCUAUACAAUAUUCAACGGCGAAAUUCGAUUUAUUCUCUAUGAAACACCCUCCGAACUUUGACUCAGAAUUUUUCGUCGCCUAAUAGACAUAAUAAAUACAUAUACACACGCA